ACAUAUGAUAAUACUACAAAUCAAACAACAUAUGAUCAUACUACAACUCAAACGAUGUAUGAUAAUACAACUCAAACAAUGCAUGAUAAUACAACUCAAACAAUGCAUGAUAAUACUACAACCCAAAUAACAUAUGAUAAUACUACUUUAACUCAAAUAAUAUAUGAUAAUACUAAUUCAGAAAUAUCUGAUAUAGCUGAUAGCAAUAAUAAUAUUGGCUCAUCAGAUAAAAUACAAAAUGAAUAUUUAGAUGAAGAUAAUAAAGAAGUUGAAGAUAAUGAAGAAUAUGAUUUGACUUAUAUUUCUAAGACAGAAUUUGGUGAGUAUCUUCAAGGGUGGGUAGAAAUAUUAAAUGAAGAAGAAGAGACAGAUAUAAUCGAUGAUCAAAAUGAUCCUGUAGAGUUAGAUAAUAGUACUUAUCCGGCUUUAAAUAAAGAUGUGAAAUAG